GAUGAAGUUCGUAAGUUUACUGCUGUUGUGAGUGAUCCAAGCGUUCGUCUUCACCUUCAGGCAUACGUCCAACUUAUUAAAAUAAUUAGUAACGUUUCAGAGCUGCCGCAGCCUUUUGUGAAAGGGAUUGCAAAACUAUCGCUGACCUCAGCCAUUCUUCGUUAUCGUCAUCGUGAUAGUUUCAAGGCGGUGGAGAAGCUUCUCAAUGCGUUGGCUAAACAUGACUCUGAUGCAGUGGACAACUAUACCGACCAUGAUUUGUUCAUUGAUCUUUUCACCAAGUCAAUUUUAUUUUCAAAAAGUAGACAAGAAGACUUUGUCAUAAGAAUAUGCGGCAACGGCCUUAGUUGUCUUUCUUCUUCAAGUUUCCACAACCUUUUGUUACCAAAUAUGAAGAAGUCGCUGUUGAGAAGUCCCGAGGUCGCGGUGUUUGGUAAGAGCAUUCUGGCAGGUCUUUUCAGAAAAUAUUCUGAAUACUAUCAAAUAGUUUUCAAACGGGCCUCGACGUCAUAUCCUGCUUUGAUUCUUAAGACAAUGACAAUUCUGUUGUUCUGGCCUAAUUGGCAAGUGAGGAAGCGCGCUACACUUUCCGUAGAGCGAAUCCUUCGCGUCGAAAAGACACAUUUUGCAGUAGCCCUUGCUUCUGAAAUAUUUACUGAAACUAUAAAUGGAUAUGUUGAUCAGGUUCACUUAAUUUAUUGUACGGAUCUAGUCCAUGAAAUCAUGUGUCGUAAAUUGAAACGUAACCAACCCGACUCUUCCGCAACGGUGCUAGGAGAGUGGUACGUGAAGGUACUACGAUUACUGCUCGUUACCGAAGGCCCAGAGCUUGACGAACUUGCUAUCCAUACCUUGUUGCUGGCAUCAGUUCAAAGACUUGUCGAAGUUGACGGUUCAGUAUGGUUGAGGUGGAUGCAUAGUCAAGCUGAUAGCGAUCGCUGGGAAGCCAGUGCGUUAUUUCGGGAGAAAGCAGUGACUUUGGUUCUUUGUUGUACCGAUCGUAAUGUUCGUGAUAAUGCACUUGUGACUUUGGUGGCAUUGAAUGUCCCAUCUAUACGCUCUGCUCUUUGGGAUCACAUCGAAAAAAGCGUCUCAGAGCUUAAUGUGGACGACUAUGUACGGAUUCCUGAACGACAUGUAUCAAUCUAUCGGUGCACCGAAGGUCAUCUUUACAAUACAGAUGUAUUAGAAUUUGACGAAGGCGAGAUCAGUCAUAAUAUGCGUCGAGAAAACAAAGCAUAUAGUUUUCGUGACCAGCUGGCAGAACUACAAUUGCGCCGAGAACUUGCGGAGAAGAAGCGUAAGGAAGGGAAACUUACGGCUCUUCAAAAGCAAGUGAUGGAGAAAGAAUUAGCUAAGGAAAAGGAAAUUAGAGAUGAAAUCGGUCGGAUGUAUGAAAACAUUGAAGUGAAAUUGGACGAAUUGCGAGCGAUGGUAUCGGCUGAUCAUCGUGGGGCGUUGGCCAGGACAAAUCUGCUUUUUGACUAUUGCAUUCCACUAACACUAAGUCAUCUCGUCUCAAGAAACGCAGCCCAAAUCUUCCUGGUUUAUUGUAGUAUUGCUUUUCCUCAAACAGAGGAUUGUUUAUGUGAGUUAGUGGCGAGUACCACACUUCGAGUUCUUGGAGCUCGUUGGAGCAUUCUCAAUUGGUGCGAUGAGCCGUUGGCAGCGGCUAUUCGGCGUCUACUUCAACACCUUAAUGAGCGAGCCUUCGUUAUAGACACAGAAGAUGACGAUGACUCGUUGUUAUUCGACGAUACCGUCGGCGUACCUCAGCUAACGGUCCUCUAUCCCAUGUUACACGCACUUCUUUCUCCUUCCAGUGAAUUCGGCAACGAUAUUAAAGACUCUGCCUUAGCACUCUUAAAAACCACUGUUAAUCGACGACUCCUCAAGGCUCUAAUGCAACUAGUUAGUGUUGUUAACGAAACAGAGGCUACUAGCAAACGUAUUGUCGACUUGGUACGGAGCAUUCUAUUUUAUUUAACGUUUCCCAGUACCAGCUCUGUAAUCGUUGUGCUAUACCAGGUGUUGUCUGCACCACAGUUUAUGACACGCCUUGUAUUGUCUUGCGAUGACGAAAGCUUUGCAACUGAAUGUUUGGUUCGUUUGUUCAUUGCUCGUUACGACCCCGUCGAAUCUGUGGCGGGACAGGCGUCCAAGUUGUGGUACUCUUCCUUGUUCCAUUUGAGGCGGGUAAUGGCAGGACCACUGAUAGGUACUGGUGAUCUAUAUCUUUUAAAUUUUAUAUGUGACUGUGGUUUUUUUUUCUCGUUUGUCUUCUUUUUGAAUGAGUGUGUUUCGGAAGUAGUUUUUAUACGUGAGUCUGCCGCUAAUGCGUUAUCACAAGUCGGUUUUACGUAUUAUCAUCCAUUACUGUGUAUCCAUGCCAUAUAUAAUAUCGAUUAUGCAAUUUCUUUAAUUUUAGAAAAGUAUCACAAUGAUUAUGAUCGGCGAAGUGGAAUAGGUCUUGUUCUAAGUCGUCUAGCAGGGCUUUUUCUUAAGAUUGUACCUUGUGGGCUAGCUGAUCGCCACACAGAAUGUCGUAAUAACAUGAGAAAUGCUGCUGUUGAAGUUGUUCGAAAUCAUGGUCGAGUUAUCAUGGAUACACUGUUGCCAUUUCUAGAGCAGUUGUCAGAUACUACGCCAAGUGGAGGAGAACAUGAUAACCUCAGGCAGGGAUUGGUAGUGCUGCUUGGGACACUGGCGCAAUAUCUUGAUCCUUCCUCGAGUAAAGUUCGCGAUAUCCUUGCUAGACUAAUGGAUGCACUUUCGACUCCUAGUCAAGCAGUGCAAGAAUCAGUUUCAAGAUGUCUUGCUUUCCUGGUACCUGCUAUUCAAGACACAGUAAAAACUGUUAUGCAAAAGUUACAAUGGCUCUUGUAUGAAGCGGAUUCUUACGGUGAACGUCGCGGAGCUGCUUAUGGAAUUGCUGGCAUUAUCAAGGGGAUGGGAGUAGCUUCACUCAAGGAAUUUGAGCUACUACCGUCUGUACAUAAGGCUCUUCUGGACAAGAAGAACGUCAAGCAUCGAGAAGGUGGUCUUCUAGCACUUGAAAUCCUUUGCAGCACGGUGGGUAAACUUUUCGAACCCUACAUGAUUCAGUUUCUAGCGUCCCUUCUUCUUUGCUUUGGCGAUAAUGAUGAGAAUGUAAGGAAAGCUGCUGAGGAUACUGCUGUAGCAAUGAUGUCGUCAAUGUCUCCUCAUGGUACAAAACUUGUGCUUCCAUCGCUGUUGACUGCUCUUGAUGAUGAAUCUUGGCGAACAAAAUGUGCAGCAGUAGAGCUGCUUGGGUCUAUGGCGUUCUGUGCUCCUCGGCAGCUGUCAGCUUGCUUGCCUAACAUAGUUCCUAAGCUUAUAGAAGUUCUCGCUGAUUCAUCGUCCAAGGUUCAACGAAGUGGUGAAAAAGCUUUAAGACAAAUUGCUAGUGUUAUUAGAAAUCCUGAAAUACUGGGCGUUUCCAAUCAGUUGAUAGCAGGUCUUUUGGAUCCGGCCAACAAGACCAACUACGCUUUACAAGCUGUUCUCAAUACGAAGUUUAUUCAUUAUAUAGAUGCUCCAUCACUUGCACUUAUUAUGCCGAUUGUCAGACGUGCUUUCGAAGACAGAAACAGUGAAACACGUAAGGUCGCUUCGCAGAUCAUCGCCAAUAUCUACACUCUCACAGAGCACAAGGAUAUGGAGCCGUACAUGUGCGACUUGGUUCCAGGCCUUAAAAAAUCACUACUGGAUCCUGUACCGGAAAUACGAACUGUGGCGGCCCGCGCACUUGGAGCCAUAGUUGCUAAAUCUACAGGCGUAACAAGCGAGAAGCUUCGGGAAAGUAUUGUUCCAUGGUUGAAAGAGAAGCUGAUCUCUCCGAACUCAACGGUUGACCGGUCUGGAGCUGCGCAAGGUCUUUGCGAAGUAUUGGCUGCUAUUGGUGCCGAGCAACUCGAAUUUGUGAUGCCGGAAAUUAUUGCUGCAACUGAAAGCGCCGAGGUAAGUGCGGAGACGAGAGACGGCUACAUCUUAAUGUAUAUAUAUCUUCCGAUGGUAUUCGGCGAGAAAUUUCUUCCUUAUGUAUCACAAAUUGUUCCACCCAUUCUUAAAGCUCUUGCAGAUGAAAACGAAUACGUUCGCGCUUCUGCUCUAAAAGCUGGUCAGCGGUUGAUUGCUCAAUAUUGUUCGCAUGCUCGUCGCAUCUUUCUUCCACAGUUACAGAGUGCUCUUCAUGAUGAAAACUGGAGAAUUCGGCAAGCAUCCGUUCAGCUUAUUGGAGACUUUCUCUUUAAUAUCUCAGGUGUAUCUGGGAAGAGCACUUCGUCAACCGCGAACGAAGAUGAUACUAUGGGUAUUGAGCACGCUGGAAAGAGUAUUGUCCGAGCGCUUGGGCAGCAGUGUAGAGACCACGUUUUAGCUGGGCUCUAUCUGGCAAGGUCAGACGUCGCUUUGGUGGUUCGUCAGGCAGCUGGCCAUGUGUGGAAAAUUGUAGUGGCAAACACUCCUCGAACUCUUAAAGAGAUUAUGAAGAACCUAUUUGAAAUGAUUGUCGAUUCGUUAGCGUCAACAUGUGAGGAUCGUCAGCAAAUGGGUGCUAGAUGCUUAGGAGAACUCGUGCGUAAAAUGGGUGAUAAAAUUCUCAAUGAAAUUCUACCAAUUUUGGAAGUGAACCAGAAGUCAGACAAUCUUGAGAAACGCGUUGGAGUUGCGAUUGCUUUACAUGAAGUGAUGGACAAUAUUAGCAAGGAUGUACUUAGUCAUUACCUUGAGAAUCUGGUGUCUCCUGUACGUAACUGUAUUUGCGAUUCAUCACCAGCUGUUCGAUCAGCCGCUGCUGAUACCUUCUCCGUCUUAUACCAUAUGAUCGGAAUCGAGGCUUUGGAUGAAAUAAUUGCGCCACUUCUUGAGAAGUUAACUCCUGAGAAAGAAGACGUGCUCGCUGGGUUAUGUGAGAUUAUGAAGCAGAACAGCAGACAAAUGUUACCGUAUUUGUUACCACGUCUUACUCGACCUCCUAUCAAUGUUCAUGCCCUUUGUAGUUUGGCUUCGGUUGCUGGUAGUACAUUAUCUCGUCAACUUCCAAGAGUUUUGGAUGCUCUCCUGUCUGCUUGUCAAACUAAUGACCAGUACGAUCCGAUGAUCGAUAGCUGUGAAAAAGUAGUAAUAGCUGUGACUGAUGAUGAGGGUGUUCCUGUUUUGGUUGAUUAUCUUCUCAAACAUGCCAGUAAAGGGAACGUACCUUCUAUUGUACUCCUUCAUGCAUUUGUCGACAAAAGUGGAGUGUCUCUUAAUCAUUUGAUUGAUGAUUUGCUUCCUGGGCUACUACACUUGUAUUCGUCACCGAAUCCACAGAUUGUCGACCAUGCUAUUAAUGCAGCCAUUGGUAUUGCUCAUGCACUGGAUCAGAAGGAGAUGCAGGGGGCCAUUCCAAUAAUGAAGAAAGCGUUGAACUUCACAAUUGCUCAAUCGAAAGGUCGAGUAAUACCUGGUUUCGCACAUCCCAAAGCAUUGCUUCCGCUGUUUCCUAUGUUAAGAGAAGCUAUUCUACAAGGUCUUCCUGAGCUGAAAGCAUUAGCUGGUGAAGCUCUCGGUCAAGUGGUUUCCGUUUCUGAUCCAAACUCACUAAAACCGCAUGUGAUCAAUAUCACUGGUCCGUUGGUUCGAGUACUAGGAGAUCGGUAUCCUCCAACUGUAAAAUUAGCGGUACUCGGGACGCUGAGUCAACUACUCGACAAGGUCACGGUGUUACUUCGUCCGUUUCAACCUCAGUUGCAAGCAACCUUCCUUAAAUCAUUACAAGAGCCGUCAUCGCGCACAUUGCGACUAACUGCCGGCGGUGCUCUUGCUCGUUUAAUUCGUAUUCAUACGAACCCUGAACCACUGGUUAACGAAUUAUUAAAACUACUCGCUCACAGUCAGGAUCAGUCACUGUUAGAAACAACAUUCGUUGCUGCUCGAGCACUUUUGGCAGAACUCAAUGUCCCUCUUUCAGACGCUGCGAUACAAGAGGGAUACCGCGUGUGCCAAUUGCAGUAUAUGAUGUCUUUGGACACUCCCACAGAGCUUGAAACGUCAUUGUGUAUAUGCAGUGGAGCACUGUACGGUGAACUGGCCGUUCGAACGAAAGAAUUCCGCUCGAAAAAUAUCUUCCGUGGUGAGUUGACAGAUGCGUCACUGGUUUGGUCGGAAGCGCAAAGCGAAUGUCGAGGUGCUCUUUUAGCUGCAUUUACUUCCGAAGCUACUGUAGCUUGUGCAGCUCUCCGCGCAGCUGCAUAUAUUCUAAUCAGUGAAGGUUCAAAUUUUGAUCGGGAACUACUUUCGUCAAUGGGGCGAUCGUUAAGUCAUCAGUCCGUGGAGGUACGCCGAGUUGCCGCCGUUGUUCUCGGACAUAUCUUGCGUUCAGCCCCUUGUCAACUUGAAAAUGCUCUAUUGAAAGUUAUCGUUCCUCACUUGAUGAAUGGUGCAAAAGAAAGCAACUCGGCAGUUCGUUCUGCAUCCGAGCUUGCUCUAGUGUAUGCUUUUCACUUCCAGGAUGGACAAGAUGGAUUUGAUAACUAUUUGUUGUCAGUGGAAGGCGCAGCGAAAACAAUAUUAAGUGAGCUGCAGCCAGCGCUACGACGUGUCGUGAGAAAUGCUGACCUGACACUCGAACCAAUUAGUAACAUCCUAACCGUAAACUAA